AUGACUAGUCAAAUAGAAAGUCUACCUAAUGAAAUUCUUCGUCAUAUCUUUUAUCAUUUAUCAUGGUCUGAUAUGUUAACAUCGUUAUGGUCAUUAAAUAUUCGUUUUAAUUCUCUUGUGUGCUCAAUUCUUUCAAGAAGUGACCAAACAUCGAAUAGUGGCAUUCUUAUUACACGAGGUUUAUCUUAUAAUAAAUAUUAUUCAAUAUUAUUUCCAUUGAUUAUAAAUUCAUUAUCACUUUCUUCUUCUAUUCAACGAAUUCAUUUCGAUGAAACAAAUUCAAUUUCUUGUGAUCUUAUUUAUGAAUGGUUGUUUAACGAGAAAAAAAUCUUUCAUUUUCCUAAUCUUAAAUCAUUUAUUCUUACUCAGUGUGGAUCAAUUGAACCAGCAGUUCUGUGUUUAUCUUAUCUUAUUGAGCAUCAAUUAGAUGAACUUACAUUAACGUUUGACCAGGAAAUGAUCCUGCAGUUUUCUUAUGAAAAACAAUGUUCGCGAAUGAUUUCUGAUACAGAAACAGAAAGACAAAUAGCAAUGAUGGGGCAACUUCUUUGCAAAAUAUUCUCUGCUCAAUGUCAAUUAAAAACUCUUCGACUUGAUAUUAGUAAUGUUUUCAAAAGUGGUCGUACUCACCAGUGCUUAGAAUCAAAACCGUAUCUCUCUUCGGAUUCUACUCAACAUGAACUUCAAUCGUAUUGUAUGACUCUUCGUUAUUUAUAUAUUCGACUUAAUCAAACAUGUUUUCUUGAAAAUCUUAUUGAACAUGCACCCAAUCUCGAACAACUAUCAGUUGAGUUUCAUUAUUUACUAAAAUUCGGUUCAUGUGAGACAUCGAAUGUUGAAAUUUUGAAACAAUCAAAUGAAAAUUGGUUUAAUAAAUCAUAUGUUUUUAAUUGGCCAAAUAUCGACAAACUUUCGUUUCGGUUACAUCCAUCAUUAUAUUUAUUUCUCCAAGAAUUCAAUGACUUAUCUCCUAAUAUUCGUUGUAUCAAAGUAUACAAAAACCAAAGAAAGGAUUUUGACGAUUCUGAUCUUCUGAUGUCAUUAAAUAGCUUAUCAGAAAUGAAGCAAUACAAAAAAGUUGAUAUGGCCUUUCGAAAUGUUACGAAAAUUCAAUUUGGAACAUGGUUUGAUCGCCACAGUGCUCGUGUCGAUGAACCAAUAGAUCGAAAUGAAGUACGUGAAAAAGUACUUGCUCAUCUCAUUUCAAUGACUGUACAACUCAAAUAUCUUCUAGUUGAACAAUUCGAAUGGCUCUUACAUGUUGUUCAAUACACAUCUUACGAAUUAAGAACGAAUGCAUUAAGUAGUGUUCGAUAUGCUGAAUUUUGUCUUCCCAGUUGUCAUUAUGGUUUCGAUAAAGCAAACCAUAUUGGUAAACAUCUUGUGCCCUUUAUUAGCACAUAUAUGCCUCGUUUACAAACAUUACGUCUUUGGCGACCAGAUGAUUUUCCUUGGACAUCAAUUCGACCAGAUAAUGGAAUAAGAUGCACCAAUGUGUCUCCACUUAUUCAAUGGAUCAAGUCUCUAGAAACAUCCGAAUCGAUUGCUCAACAUGUAAACGUCUUUCAACAAGAUCUUUGUCAAUUGGUCGAAAGAUUAAAAGAAUUUACCUUUCUUGAUAUUUAUGGUACCAUUAAUUAUGAAAAAGUUCAAGCUUAUAGGUUGAUGAUUCAAACUUGUUUUCCUCAUAGUCGAAAUGAUGUUAAAGUAUCAAGAUUUCGUCUCUGGUUUUAA